AUGACAACUGUCAACAGCCUUGUAAAACUUUGCAAAGCAGAAGGACUGUCCUUCGACACCAUAAAAUAUCACCAAGACGUUACUGGCUUUGGUAGUGUAUUCGAAGCACUUGAGAAGCGUACGAAUAUUAAGGAAAUUGAGGUCCUUCUCUGGGGUAACCCGAAAAAUGUACAGGAGAUGGGUCUGCUCUCGUCUCUGGAAGCCAUCGCUAAAGAAACCAACGAGUCCGUGACUGCGGCUUGGGAAGCAUGUGGUGACUCGGCCAAGGCGAUACAGAUGUUAGAAGAUAUCUGUGUCAAAGCCAUAUCCCGCUUGCCAGGCGUUCAAGUACCAGGAGUAAAUAUCUCUGCUGCACUCAAGGAGGUCUGGGUAAUGCUGGUUAGAGCACACAGGUCCAUGGAGAGAGCCCGCCAUGGCCAUGACGCAUCGACUGACUCUUUUCUUAACUUUCUAUUCAACCGCCGAGACACUCGCCUUGAAAGGUUUAUGGCUGGCGUGAGUGCAGUGGAGGCUACCUAUGACAAUAAUUCACGGGAACGGUUCUUGCUAGAAAACCUUUACGAAGCUCUGAGAAUCGACAAUAUGCCUACUUUGAAAUAUUGGGUCGACGCACAAUACGCUGAAACUGGUCCCAUGCAGAUAAAAAAUGGCCUGUGGAAAGCUAAUGAGGGCAUAUACAAACCCAUUAAUGAUCGCGAAACUGACCCGGAUUUUCUACCGAAGGUUGGCUUGGUUCAAAUGAAGAAGAUAAACCCAGAUGGAACUAGGCGAUAUAAGGGUAGUUUUGAGACUCCUGAAAAACCGAUGUGGAUAGCCAACCGCAUGGCACUUUACGUAUCAAAUGAUCAGGUAGUCCCUACCCAAGAAACCCAGGUUGUGCUGCAAGGGCUGGAGGAAAGAAACUUCGAUUUUCGAGACCUGGAGGAUCAAAUCAUUUGGAAUUAUCCUCCUUUCUCACCUGGCUGUCUGGUAUGGUACCAGUUGCGAGGGAUCUCAAACACACUUAGCGGGCCUGAUGGGUCAUGGAGAAAGGAUGGCGAUUAUGCCAAAGCCCGCGCUACAAUUUCUUUUCGAGAGAAGCUGGCAAGAAGCAUGGACUGCAUUGAAGAGAUCGAAGAAUCUGUGAAUAUGCUCAAUGUUAAUGUGUUGGAUCCCAUGCUGAGACGCUUCAGCGAUGUUAUGAGCACUCUGCAAGAUCUAUCUGCUAAUCUUCUCUAUGGAGAUGACGAUGACCAACAUAUCAGCUUCACAGAAUUGAGGAAUUCGACGAGCCUCUGGACUUCAAGUUUCGACUGUGCCAAGAGGUUCAUUAAUAAGUCCCCGCCGAUGCACUUUCGAGAUCGUGUUUGUUUUGCAGAGAUCUCUGACAACCGACUCGAAACCCAAGUAGAGCGAAAAGGAACUGACUGGACACAAGUUGUGAUGGGUUUCGAAAAAGUCGACCUUGACAGGCAGAAACCGCUAUACAGUUUGAUUGCUCAUCAAGAUGGCCAAAAAGACGUACCUACCAUCACAACCUACGGCGACCCAAACUCCAUACCAGUAGGAGCUCGGGCACGUAUGUUACAGUUACCGAAGUCAAGCCAGAGUGAGUUCGGUAGAGUUAGCAACUGGCAACAAGCAAAAACCGGCGACUACUACGAGAUUCCUGUCACUUUCGCCAACACAUAUAAUUCGAAGCCUAAUGUUACCUGUUGGCUGGAGGGUUUCGAAGCUCAUACAACGAAAAACCUUCGUGUCCGUGCAGAAGUCAUUGACACAACUGACAAAGGUUGCGUUAUAAGAAUCGGUGGUUGGUGGGAUACAGAGCUCGUCCACGUAAAUGCUGUUUGGUUUGCGCACGCUGCAGAUCACCCGCAUGUCUUUACCGGAGGUGGCAGUGUGCACAAAUACGGUCAGCAUUCUGACAUAUGGGCCCCCUUCGUCUCAGUGGACUUCCCCGAAGGAAGGUUUAAGAAGCGAAGACCUGAUAUUUUUCUGGCAAUUUCACUUCUCGACACACAUCACCUGUUCAACCCUAGAUGCGAGCUUAAGGCCACAAACGUUACCAAGCGAGGGAUGAAAGUCUCGGUGGAUGCGUGGUGGGACACAUAUUGCUACGAGGCUGGUUUUUCAUGUAUUGCGUUCGAUCCAGAUUUUUUCCAGGAGGGAUCCAAGGUUUAA